AUGACUCCGGAAACGAAGCCCCUCCUCGGGGACGAACCCUCAAGCCCGCCAGCUCACUUCACCUCCGCGCUCCCACUGACCACCACCAACCCCAGCAACACCAAGACCAAACUAACCCGCCUACCGCAAACAAUCGCCCACCGCGGCUUCAGAGCACAGUACCCCGAAAACACCCUCCUCGCCUUCCGCGCCGCGCUCGACGAGGCCGGCGCACACGCCCUCGAGACGGACCUCCACCUCUCGCGCGAUGGGGUGGUGGUGCUCUCCCACGAUGGGAACCUGAAGCGGUGCUUCGGCGUCGAGGACACCAAGAUUAGCGACUGCGACUGGUCAUACCUCGAGACGCUCGAGACGGUGAGGGAGCCCAGGCAGCGGAUGCCGAGGCUUGAGGAUUUGCUGGCGCUCCUGACUGAGGUGGGCAGGGAGGGGGUUUGGGUUUUGCUUGAUAUCAAGACCGACGACCCCCCAGCCGAACUCCUCGGCCGCGUAGCCGAAGUCCUGGCCUCCACGCCAGGCCCUGUGCCGUGGAACGAGAGGAUAGUACUCGGGUGCUGGAACCAACCCUGCAUAAGACAAGCCCGCACCAUCCUCCCAAAUUACCCAGUCUCCCUCAUCUCCUGGUCCCCUCUCUACGCCCGCAGCUUCCUGAGCCCAUCGCAGCCGAACCUCUCCUUCAACAUGUUUCAAAAGUCGCUGGUCGGGCCCAUUGGCAAGCUCUUCAUCAGAGAGGUCAAAAAGAAUGCGCGACAGCUCCUCGUCUGGACCGUCAAUGACGAGGAGUGGAUGGAGUGGAGUAUCCGCGCCGGGGCGGACGGCGUUAUCACGGAUGAUCCAGAGUUAUUUAGGGAUGUUUGUCGGCGGUGGGAGGAAGGGGGUUCGUCGUCGUUGUUGUCGUUGUCCGCGUCCACGUCGGCCUCGGCCUCGGCUUCGGCUUCGUCAUCGUCGGCGGACCAGCUCGAGAUCCAAGACGAGGAAAAGAAGGCGAGGGUGGCUAGAAGGACUGGGAGGGUGCGCGACGGGACGUGGAAGAGGACGGUGAGGCUUUACCUCCAGGUCGUGGGCAUCCAGGUCCUCGUGGCGGUUUUGACGCCCAUUUUCAUGCUCAUUGCGCGGUUCGGGGGCGUUGGGCCGGGGCCGAGAGCCGCCAGGCCGUUUAAAUUGUAA